ACCACAAGGAAUCUCCAUAUAUUUUCCAUCAAGCACAUUCCACUGAAAAAUAAACUCCUUUCUCCUUCCUUUUCAGACAAUUAAAAAAACUCCAUGAAACCUAUGAACUUGUUUCUCCAUUAACAAUGCCCACAGAGAUCUGAUCUUGAUUCAAUAGCAGAGAGAGAGAGAGAAGAGAGAGAGAGAUUAUGGAGCGCGCAAGGAGGCUGGCGAGCGGUGCGAUCCUCCGCCGCCUUCUUCAUGAAUCGAAGAGGGUGGCGCCCCAGAGCCGCCCCGGCCCCGGUGGUGCUCGCACCAUCUCUUCUCUCCUCCACCCCCACUCCCCUGACAAGAGCAAGCGUUCCGACAACUGGUUGCUCCUCCACUCCAAACGCCACCAGCAUUUCCAGUAUGGAAGAAGCAUAAGCACCGAAGCCCUCAAGCCCAGCGACACGUUCCCUCGACGCCACAACUCGGCCACCCCCGAGGAGCAGGCCAAGAUGGCGAAGACGUGCGGCUUCCCUUCCCUGGAUUCGCUUAUUGAUGCCACUGUCCCCGUGUCGAUUCGAGGGCCGCCCAUGCAUUUCUCGGACCCCCGCUUCGAUGCGGGCUUCACCGAGAGCCAAAUGGUGGAGCACAUGAAACGACUCUCUGCAAAAAAUAAGGUCUUCAAAUCGUACAUUGGGAUGGGUUACUACAACACAUUCGUGCCACCGGUGAUCGUCCGCAACAUUAUGGAGAACCCCGGCUGGUACACUCAGUACACCCCCUACCAGGCCGAGAUUGCGCAGGGCAGGCUCGAAGCUCUGCUGAAUUUCCAGACCCUUGUUACCGAUCUCACUGCUCUUCCAAUGUCGAAUGCAUCGCUCCUCGAUGAGGGCACGGCUGCGGCGGAGGCAAUGGCAAUGUGCGGAGCAAUCAACAAGGGCCGCAAGGUGUUUCUCAUCGCCUCCGACUGCCACCCGCAGACCAUCGACAUCUGCCAGACACGAGCGGCCGGCUUUGGCCUUGACGUGCGUGUCGGCCCGGCUGGGUCAUUCGAUUACUCUAAGAAGGACGUUUGCGGGGUGUUGGUUCAGUACCCGACCACUCUGGGGCACGUAAAUGAUUACGAGGAGUUCGUGAAGGCGGCGCAUGCGAGUGGAGUGAAGGUGGUGAUGGCAUCGGAUUUGUUGGCACUGACUGUGCUGAAGCCCCCAGGGGAGAUGGGGGCAGACAUUGUGGUCGGGUCGGCGCAGAGGUUUGGGGUGCCCAUGGGGUAUGGGGGCCCUCAUGCUGCGUUCCUGGCGACAUCGGGGGAGUAUAAGAGGAUGAUGCCUGGGAGGAUAAUUGGGGUGAGUGUGGAUUCGAUGGGGAAGCCGGCGUUGAGGAUGGCGAUGCAAACCAGGGAGCAGCACAUUCGCAGGGACAAGGCCACCAGCAACAUUUGCACAGCCCAGGCGUUGCUGGCAAACAUGGCUGCGAUGUAUGCUGUUUAUCACGGUCCUGAAGGUCUCAAGGCAAUAGCAGAGCGUGUCCAUGGUCUAGCUGGAGUUUUUGCACUGGGACUGAAGAAGCUUGGGACUGUGGCAGUUGAUGAGGUUCCCUAUUUUGACACUGUGAAGAUCCAAUGCACUGAUUCUAAGACCAUCUUGGAUUUUGCAGUCCAAAACGAGGUCAAUUUAAGAGUAGUAGAUGGCAACAAUAUAACAGUUUCCUUUGAUGAAACCACCACCUUAGAGGAUGUUGAUAAGCUUUUCAAAGUGUUUGCUUUUGGUAAACCUGUACCAUUUACUGCUGAAUCUCUUGCUCCUGAGGUUCACUCCAGGAUCCCACCUGCACUCAAAAGAGAGAGCCCUUACCUGACCCACCCCAUUUUCAAUAUGUACCAUACAGAACAUGAACUUCUUCGGUACCUACAUAAGUUGCAGGCCAAGGAUCUAUCCUUGUGCCAUAGCAUGAUUCCCUUGGGUUCCUGUACAAUGAAACUGAAUGCCACUGUGGAGAUGAUGCCUGUGACCUGGCCCAACUUCUCUGAUAUCCAUCCAUUUGCACCCACGGACCAAGCUAUGGGUUAUCAGGAAAUGUUUAAAGAUUUGGGUGAACUGUUGUGUACAAUUACUGGAUUCGAUUCAUUCUCCUUGCAACCCAAUGCUGGGGCUGCUGGCGAAUAUGCGGGGCUCAUGGUCAUCCGUGCAUAUCAUAUGGCAAGAGGAGACAGUCAUCGCAAUGUGUGCAUUAUCCCUGUCUCAGCUCAUGGGACUAAUCCCGCAAGUGCAGCCAUGUGUGGAAUGAAGAUUGUUUCUGUUGGUACGGAUUCUAAGGGAAACAUCAACAUAGCAGAACUGGAGAAAGCUGCUGAGGCAAACAGGGACAAUCUUUCUGCUCUCAUGGUUACUUAUCCUUCUACACAUGGAGUCUAUGAAGAAGGAAUUGAUGAGAUUUGCAAGAUAAUUCAUGAGAAUGGGGGCCAGGUCUACAUGGAUGGUGCCAACAUGAAUGCACAGGUUGGUUUAACAAGCCCCGGUUUUAUUGGCGCCGAUGUUUGCCAUCUUAAUCUUCAUAAAACAUUUUGCAUUCCUCAUGGUGGAGGUGGGCCUGGUAUGGGGCCAAUUGGCGUGAAGAAACACUUGGCACCAUUCUUGCCAUCGCAUCCUGUGAUCCCCACCGGAGGGAUACCACCUCCGGAAAAAUCUCAGCCCCUUGGUACCAUUUCAGCUGCACCUUGGGGCUCAGCUCUCAUAUUACCUAUAUCCUACACAUACAUAGCAAUGAUGGGAUCAAAAGGUCUCACUGAAGCUUCAAAGAUAUCUAUCUUGAAUGCGAAUUACAUGGCAAAACGCUUGGAGAAUCAUUACCCUGUGCUUUUCCGAGGCGUAAAUGGUACAUGUGCUCAUGAAUUCAUUAUCGACUUGAGGGGUUUCAAGGGUUCUGCUGGAAUAGAGCCUGAAGAUGUUGCAAAACGUCUGAUGGAUUAUGGAUUCCAUGCGCCAACAAUGUCAUGGCCCGUUCCUGGCACAUUGAUGAUAGAGCCUACUGAAAGUGAAACCAAGGCGGAGUUGGACAGGUUUUGUGAUGCUCUGAUAUCCAUAAGAAAAGAAAUUGCCCAAAUUGAGUCUGGGAAAGCUGAUGUCCUCGUCAAUGUUCUUAAGGGAGCCCCUCAUCCCCCUUCACUGAUCAUGGCUGAUGAAUGGAAGAAACCAUACUCCAGGGAGUAUGCAGCGUUCCCUGCUUCUUGGCUCCGGGGAGCCAAAUUCUGGCCCUCAACAGGGCGUGUAGACAAUGUGUAUGGUGAUCGCAACCUGGUGUGCACCCUGCUUCCUGUAACGAAUGGUGUCGAAGAAGAAGCUGCUGCUGCUGCAUAAUAAUCACGCUGCUUCCUUGGUGAUUUUCAGGUCUCCUGUUAACAGGAACCUCUUCUUCUGUAUGUGUACAUAAACUUGGCAUGUACUUGCCUUGUAUUUUCAUUCUUAUAUUUAUUCAAACUGCUUCUAUUCCCCA